AUGUCAUCCCGCCCUUUCAACCCACUGCCUGUAUGCCCCAUCCCCAUUCAGUGGGAUGUGCCAGGGCGUAUUGCAGAGCUGCAGGCCAAGAUUGAUGAUCCUGCCACCAGUGAAGCUCAGAAGAUAAAUCUCCAGACUGCAAUCAAACUAUAUCAUGACAAAGAGCUCCCAGGACGGCUUAAAUGGAUUCAGGAUGGCAAAGUUGUCCAACUUAAGGAUAUUGAUUUCCACCGGCCGCACUGGACUGAGGGUCAUCUUCAGCAAAUAUCCACACAGGCUAUGAUUCCAGCUACGAAGCCAGACCCAUCUUCCGAACCUCCUUAG